GCUGCACGUAGUUGUGUAGAGUCGGUAGAAGUGAAAUACUGUUUUUUGCUUUGCAUAAUUCGCUAUUUCCAGCUGCGCCAUGGUUUUCUUCAUCGUUCAGCUUCUCUCUUUCGCUAGGGCUUGUUUCUUUGUCCUAACUUGGUCACGCUUAGCAGCUGAAAAUGGUCCGGGCUUACAAGUUGAAAGGGCAGAAGAGGAAAAAGAAGGAGGAGAAGUAUGAUAGGGAAGAAAUAGAGCAAUCUUCGGAUGAGGAAACAGCCGAGACCAGUAAAAAGGCCAAGACCGAAGGUACUGCAGCAGACGAAGAGGAAGCUGAGAAGGUGGUAGAUUUACUAGCUGGUAUUCCAGUUGUUUCAGCUGAACAGAGCAAAAAGCCUGGGAUCAUUUUCAUUCUGGAGAGGGCAUCACUGGAGAUUGCCAAAAUUGGAAAGACUUACCAACUUCUCAACUCAGAUGAGCAUUCCAACUUUCUGAAGCGAAAUAACCGAAACCCUGCUGAGUAUCGACCUGAUAUUGCUCAUCAGGCAAUGCUUAUGAUUUUAGAUAGCCGCUUAAAUAAGGCUGGGAGAUUGAAAGCUUUGUAUGUGAGGACAGAAAAGGGUGUUCUAUUUGAAGUUAAACCUCAUGUUCGUAUCCCUAGGACAUUUAAGCGAUUUUCUGGUAUCAUGUUGCAAUUGCUACAGAAGCUGAAUAUUACUGCUGUUGGUAAGAGAGAAAAGUUACUACGUGUCAUAAAGAAUCCUGUUACACAGUAUCUACCUAUAGAUUGUCGAAAAAUUGGCUUUUCUCACAGUUCUGAGAAGUUGGUUGACAUUCAUGACUAUGUUGCUAAUGUUGACAGUGAUAUGAACCUUGUUUUCGUGGUUGGCGCAAUGGCCCAUGGGAAAAUUGAUAAAGAUUACGUUGAAGAUUAUAUAUCAAUUUCUGAUUAUCCACUGAGCGCCGCGUACUGUAUAUCAAUGAUAACUAAUGCUCUGGAGCACAAGUGGAAGAUGCUAUAGACGACGCAACUCACUUGGAUCUCUGUAAUUCAUGACAGAGUCCAUUCCAUUCAUGUUGUCUACUUUGAGCCAUAGUAGCUAGUUGGCAAUUUUGUUGUUUUACUUUUGUAGUAGUAAGAGCUAACUUUUUUAUCUUCUUACUUCAUCAAUUAUAUACUGAGUACACGAUUUCUAUUUAUUGACUUGUAAUUUCAAUAGAAAGAGCAGCCAGUUUAAAUUUUGAGUUG